AUGACAUUGGUGGGUAGAUCGGUUAGGGAUGGGAAUGAUGGUGGAGCCCUUCAGACGGGUGGGAAUGACAUUAGUCAGGAAGAGGUUGAACAGCCCAGUGGCUACGUCCCUGAGCGGUAUGUGCAGCUCCUGUGUCUGCCAGCAGAGGACAGCACUCCGCUGGACAGCUCAUUCAGCUCCACCUCCUCCACUGUGACUAAAGAGACACCAGGGAGUAGAGGUGUAGCCAGGGCUCUGUACUCCUACCAGGCUCAGAGCGCAGAGGAGCUUUCCUUCCAAGAGGGGGCGCUAAUACACCUGAUACGCCGUCCACGUGGAGAGGUUGAUGAUGGUUUUUGGGAGGGAGAGCUGAACGGACACGUCGGCGUCUUCCCAUCGCUGAUGGUAGAGCUUGUUCACAAUGAAGAGGAGGAUGAGGAAGAAAAAGGGGAGAUGGAGCCUCUUCCAACCCCAACCAUGCCCCCUUUCUCCCCUCCCAUCCCCACACCCUCAGCUCCUAGCUGUAAUUCAGAACUGAGCGCUGCUUCUCCGAGCAGUAUGGAGGACAAACAGCAGGCUGCUCUAAUGGAGGGAUCAAAGCUGGCAGGCAACAGACCGGAGGCCGGAACCAGCAGCCACAGCUCUCCUGAGCACUCCAGCACUCCACUGAGACCAUGUCGAGCACCUCCUCCACCUCCAACACAGAAGACUUCAUCUCAGGCUUGAGACAGACUGGAGUCGUA